AUAUGAAAAAGAUAUACAUUGGUAAAACAGCGCUCAAAAGUCAGAGAAAUGGAUGCAAACAUCAGAAGAGAAGCUCUGUCCACGACCACAAGGAAGACCUGCGGAAGCGACUGUCCUUCACCACACACAAGUUAGAGAUGGUGGAGAUGGAGUUUGAUUCCACCCGCCAGUACCUGGAGACGGAGCUGCGCCGGGCGCAAGAGGAGCUGGACAAGUUCACCGAUAAAUUAAGGAGGAUCCAGAACAGCUAUGCAACUCUUCAGAGAAUCAAUCAAGAUUUGGAGGACAAGAUGCACAGGACGACCCAGCACCACGAGGAGGAGAACAGGGUGCUGAGUCGCGAGGUCCUCGUCCUGAACAACCACCUCAUGGAGGCCAAGAUCACUCUGGAGAAGCUCCGAAAGGACAACGACUUGUACAGAAAGGACUGCAACCUGGCGGCUCAGCUGCUGCAGUGCUCCACGUCCCACCACAGAGCUCACAAGAUGUCUGAGCUGCCCUUGGAAUUCCAAGAACGCAUCGGCUCCCACUUUGAGGAGCUGGGCCGUGGUGGGGGAGCGCCUGCCGGCAUGUGUCAGUCUCCGUAUUCCGACUCCGUCCCCACCUCGGUGAUCGCGAAAAUCCUGGAAAAGCCCGAACCGGGCAGCAGCUGCCCGGCGACUCGCUCCCCCAGCCCCCAAAUUCCGGACGGCGACUUCCUGUCGGGAACGGGCAGCAGCGACCGACUAGACCGCCGCCUCUCGUACAAGACCUCGGACCUGUACUGCAGCGACACGGCCCUGUACUGCCCCGAGCGCUGGCCGGACGCCGAGAGACGCCAGAGCGUGGACCUCAACGGCACCCGGUUGUUCCAGCUCCACGCCCAGACCUCGGCCGACAGCAACCCCGACGAAGAGGCCUUCCACUCGGGCAGCUUCUCCCCGGAGGAGACCCCGUCCCCGGCCUUCCGUCCCCGCGACAAGUUCGGCACAGGCUCCCUGCCCGCCUCCAGCUCCUACUCCAGCUUCAGCCUCGCGUCGGACGACAAGGGAGCCGUCGUCGGGGUGGAAGGGGGCUGCGGGCGCGCGGGCAGCGGCACGCUGUCCGCCUCCCACCAGGUCCUCUACGUGGACUGGCGGGACGGCGGCGGCGGCGGCGGGGAGUACGAGCACGUGAAGGGCCUGUCCUCCCGCAAGAAGGACUCUGCUAGCUUUCACAAGUCCCAGAGCAUCCAGCACAUGGCGCCGCCGAGGAGCCCGCGGCAGGGCGUCUCCCCGGCGUACACGCGGACGGCGUCCUGCUUCAGCGAGCCGUACCACUCCAGCAGCCCACGGCUGACCUCCUCCCACAGCAUGGGGUCCGCCUUGGCGUUGGCUCACGCCUGCGGCGGCGGCGGCGGCGGCGGAGGUCGUGGAGGCGGGGCAGAUCGCGCGGCCGACGUUCACGUCUUGGAGGACGAGCUGAGCAGCCGCUGGCGGCAGAUGAGCGUGGACGACGUGAACGCCUUCUCGUCCUCCUAUCACGACCUCACGGGGGGGCGCGCCUCCCCGUACAGCUUCUCCGAGCGCCACUUCGCCGUGGGCCCGUCCGGUAAGUCCCAAAGUGGGGCCCUCUACAGCAGCUUCCGGGAAGGGGACGACGUCUUCCACAGCCUCCUGCUGGACCAGUGCUUCGACGAGGGCUCCCCGUCGCCCGGCCGAGGCGCGGCCAGCGGGUCGAAGCGGCCGCUCUCGGAGCACCGCAAGCAGGAGAAGAGCUCCGUGCUGAGGACACAGGAGAGCCAGGACUCCGAGUGCAGUCUCUUCCUGAGCUCAGGGAGCGCCAAAGAGAAGGAGAACGGCGGGAGAGCGGGAGCGGCAGCCGUCGGCAAAAGCAGGGAUUACGUCAACCUGAGUGCGCACAGCUCGCCCGAGUCCCUGCGUCUGAGCUCCCUGGAGGCGUCGAGCCUCCAACACUUCCCCUGCCCCAGGCCCAGCUCCCGGCCCCGGCCCAGCUCCAGCUCGGCCCUCAGCAUCGGCCCCAAGCUCCCAAAGAAAACCUCUCCCAGGUACCAGAAGUUUGGUAGCACGGGACUGAUGAGGAAGGACAGUCUCACCAAGGCACAGCUGUAUGGUACAUUACUGAAUUAA